GUCUAUGGUAGUACUCAACAAAAAAAAGCAAUGAAGUAAAAUGAGAAAAAUGAAAUUUACUUGUUACUAUUGUUUCAUUUAAUUUGUGAGAGAGUCAAGUUGUUUUGCAUAUUUAAUAGUAUUUCAGUAAAUACAAGAAAUACAAUUACAUCCAAAAAGUAAUGGUUGUAUGUUGCUGCGUUAAAAUAGUACAAUGGCGAAAAGAAAGAAGGCAGCAGCAAAAACCGUGGCAACACGUCGUACGACUCGAAGCGCUAAGCAGCAGGCCGAAGCAGCGUCGGUCGCUGACGGUGAAGCUUCUGGUUCAGUCGAGGCACCCCCUUCGGAACCUGGCCUCGCAACAGAGCCAAUACCUACCGACGCACCCACUGUUCCAGAGUCGCGGGCUCCAGAGGCACCAGAAACAUCAGAAUCACCAGGCACUACUCUUACAAAACCUUGUCAAGUACCAACCGUAGCAUUGCAUAAGAAAUUCGGUAAAUAUCGAUGUUUAUUUAAUAAUGAUGAGACAUUCACUAGAAAAUAUGAUAUUGGUAGUGACAGUGAAACAAAUAGUAGUGUAGAAAUAAGAGUUGUUGAUCCUUGUGCAAGCUCCGAGUCAGACUCCAAUGCUGCUUUAGAUACACAGUCUGAUACUAACAGUGGAGCUAAUUUAAGCCCGUUAAAUAGUACAAUAACAGUACAGAGCAAUUCAAGAGACAUAUCACCUGUACCUGCACUGACUGAAUUAUCAUCAACUUGUGAAACAACACUUUUGAACAAAGAUGAAGCGAAUGAAAAGUCUGAGGAAUUAAAUACUGUUGAUUUGUUAGAAACUGACUCCACUCCUAGUAGUCAUGACAAACAAGUUAUUGAUGAUUCCUACAAGGAAUCAAAGAUAGAAGAAAUACAGGUUGAAGACAUUCCAUUGGAAGAAGAACAAAUGGAGUUCACAGGAGAUGAUGAUGAUGAGGUCAUUACAAUUGUUCAGAUAGUAGAAGAUGACCACCCAGAGCUUUAUUACAACAUCAAGAUUGACAGUCCACAAGAGCACAUAGCUGAACAAAUUGAUAAUGAAGAGAGUAAGGACAAUUCCCAAAACCACGAUUUCCAAGAACAUUUUGAAAAGUUAAAUAUUGCCACAUCAGAUUCGAACAUUCCUAUGGAAUGUUCAGAAGUAAUUGAGAUCUCAUCUUCACCAUGUUUAACUCCUGAAAUGCAAUAUAAAGAAAGUUUAAAUGAAGUUCUAACAAGGCCAGAUCCUAGUCUCACACCAAGUUCUACACUCUCAGAUGAUAGUAACUCAUCUAGAGUUGCAGAACAAAACCAGAAUAACUCUAAUGAUUCAGCUGAAUCUUCUCCUACUGGUGUUAGGAGAUCCAGUCGUAUUAAGACAAUAAGCAAUAUGAAACAGAAAACAAAAGGAUAUGGUUUGGUGAAAACUCCAUUAAAGAAGGCUUUGAUAACACAGACAAAACUGAAACUUGAAGAAAUUGGAUCUGAUAGUCAAGAAAAAUCUAGUGAGUCUUUGCCAGGUACUACACCUAAUUCCCCCUCCUUUCCUGUGCCUUCUGAGAUGCCUGUGAAGGUGAAGUCUCGGUGGCGUAGGUCUAGUGAGUUAGAGAUGGGUGCUGGCUCCCCUGCAAACUCACCUUUGGCAAGCCCUAGUCUACCACAGCGGUUACCUCCAGUUGCUGAGUGUCCUAGUUUACCAGAAGAAGAACAACAUGCUCCUCCUUUGACAAAAGAAGAUUAUGAUAGAAUAAUUGAGGAGAGAAUGAACCAGUACCAACAUUUAGAUGAAAAUGAGUAUUUAUGUGAGCGGAUGAUUAGUAAAGAGACAAAAAAGAUGACUUGUGACUGUUUUAUGACCAAAGAAGAAUUGGAGAGAGGAGAACUAGCUUGUGGAGAGGACUGCCUCAAUAGACUGCUCAUGAUUGAAUGUAACUCGCGAUGUCCAGUAGGCGAUAGAUGUACUAACAGAAGAUUCCAGUCUAAAGAAAAUGCACCUCUUAAGGUUUUCUAUGCUGACAAAAAGGGGUGUGGUGUGGAGGCUAUUGUUGAUAUCCCAGCGGGCGAAUUUCUUCUCGAAUAUGUGGGCGAAGUGCUUGAUUACGAGCAAUUCUACAAGCGGGCGCAGGCGUAUUCGGCUGAGAACAACCUGCACCACUAUUUCAUGUCACUGAAGGGCGACACGGUCAUUGAUGCGACACUCAAAGGCAACAUAUCACGUUUCAUCAACCAUUCUUGUGACCCCAAUGCUGAAACACAGAAGUGGACUGUGAAUGGUGAGCUCCGGAUUGGAUUCUUCAGCAAGAGGGACAUUGUAGCUGGAGAAGAACUCACAUUUGAUUAUCAGUUCCAGAGGUUUGGAAAGGUGGCGCAGCGAUGCUACUGCGGCGCUGACAACUGCCGCGGCUGGAUUGGGGGCGAGCCGGACUCCGACGAUGAAGAUGACGAGGAGGAGGAAGAUGUGUCUACCUCGAAGUCUGGUACAACGGAGUCUUCAGAGGAGUCUCAUGCCACACCAACAGAGCAGCCCCGACCAAAAGUUCGGCGACCCAAGAAGGACCGCACCUACAAACCCAAAGCUCCAGACUUGGUGCAAGAUGCUGAUAUUGAAGAGGAUUUGGAAGCCUUGGGCCGUACCGGCGUGAAGAACCAGAGUCAUACACUUCGGCUCUCACGUACUGUGGUCCGCGCGAAGACACGGCGAGCACAAACUGCGUUACUGCGACUGCUGCGUGACGCUGACCUUCCUUGCAGAAGACUUUUCCUUGACUACAGAGGUCUUAGGUUGCUGGCGCCAUGGUGCAGUGAUGCUCCACUUGAUUUCAAGCUAGAAAUGCUGCAAACAGUGGACCGACUACCGAUCCCCAACAAGACGAUGGUACAAGAGAGUCGAUUCUUCACAAUCGUGGAGCGAUGGUUGAGCGCUGCCGAGGCACCGCAGCCACCGCCCGACAACGUGUUCAUUGAUGAGGCUACUGGUUUACCUGUAGAACUACCAACCAGAAAUAGUCAAGAGAAUAUAUCAAGUCCAGAAAAGGUGAAAGAGAAUGCAGUUAUGCUAGAGAAGAUUAAGGAUCUAUCAAGUCAAUUGUUGGAACGAUGGUCUAGUUUGAAGGAAGUGUUCAAAAUACCGAAAAAAGAACGAAUACAGCAAAUGAAAGAGCACGAAAGGCAAGCCAACGUGGAGAGGCGAGCGGCUGAUUCGAGUGGGUCGCGCGAUCGGGACCGCGACCGCAGGGAGGAACGCGACAGGGAUCGCAGGGAGGAGAGGGAGCGUGAGAGGGAAAAAGAAAGGGACAGAGAAAGGGAACGAGACAGGGAUAGAGAGCGAAGCGAUCGAGAACGUGGGGAGAGAGACCGCGGUGAACGAGAACGCGAUAGAUACAGAGAUCGCGAUAGAGACCGAGACAGGGAUAGAGAUAGAGAUGAUAGAGACAGGAGGAAACGAAGGAGCAGUCCUGAGGGUAGGCGGAGUAUCAGGUUAAGCGAGCGUGUACUGGCCGCAGUGCCACCGAUGACGAAGGAGGAACGACGGCGCGCCUUCGCGGAGGCGGCCGCGGCCGCGGACGAGUCGCGGAGACAGCGGGAACGUAUGCAGCACUGGCCUGCUUAUUGGCCACAAGCUGACGCCUUCCAACAGCAAAUGUUCCCUGGUGGUAUGGUCCCCGGUGGCCCCAACAUGAUGAGUAAUAUGGGUAAUAUGAACAACAUGGGCAACAUGGGUGGCAUGGUAUGCGGAGUGCCUGGCCUGGUGCCUGACAUGCCCGCGGACUGGAUGUCUCACGAAUUCCCUCCAGCACCCUUCUGCCCGCCUUUCUGUAUGCCGCAAGCCAAUAUGAUGGGGAUGCCCGGUUUCCCAAUGGGUGGGUUUAUGUUUGGCCAACAAGUGGGCCCUGCUGGACAACCUCCUUUCCCACAAGUACAGCCGCAACCUGAUCAACAACAACAACAACAACCUGCUGCAGCGGCCACAGGGCCGACGGAGGAUCUGAAGGACAUAGUCCUGCCGUCCCUGUGGCGCAGCGCGACGGACCCCCGCGGGCGGACAUACUACUACCACGUCAAGCUGCGACAACCACAGUGGCUGCCUCCUCCACUGCCCACCGAGCCCGAAGAGAGUUCGUCAGAGGAGGAGGAUGAGCAACCGUCUUCGGGCCUGGACAGUCCUCUCGUGCGACGGCAGACCAAAGGGAAAGUCGUGGAAGGAGUCAAUGGCAUUUACGAAGGUGGGGAGACUGACUUUAUCAAAGAGGAAGGUCAUAACGGCCUUAUUCCCGACCAUGCGCUUGUCAGCCUAAAACCAAGGAAAAGAAGACCUGGACUGGUCUCCGAAAGACCUAUUAGUCCAAGGACAGAAGAAGACAAGCUUGCAGGAAGACUAGAAGUGAAGCGGUAUAAGCAGACGAAGGAGAAGUUGCGCAGGCGUCGAGAGAAAAUAUUACAAAAGGUGCGACUGCUCGCCGCUAACAAAUCGCAACGGAGAUUCAAGGGCAGCGUGUUGGACUUAAAGCAAAUGGUGGAAUUAGUCGAUUCGGAGACUGAUUCAGAAGACUCAUCGACCGAAGAAACGACUCCGGCGCCGGUACAAGAAAACCCAAUCGAGAAGUCGGGUAUGUUGGAGGCGUCUCCGUCCCCCGUAGUGGUGGCUCCGUCCCCGCCCGCUGCGGAAGGCGCGGGCGCGGCGAGCACGGAGGACGCGGCGCGCAGGAUCAAGGAGCAGUUCCGCUGCAGCAUGGCGCGGGUCAUGGUGCAGCACCUCAACCCGUACAGGCAUCCCGACGCACCCGCCGCACGAAUCACCUGCACGGCCGACUUCAAACAUUUAGCUAGAAAGCUCACACACUUCGUGAUGCUUAAAGAGCUAAAGCAUUGUCGAUCAGUCGAAGAACUAGUAGUGACUGACUCAGUGCGCUCAAAAGCUAAGAUGUUCGUGAGGAAGUAUAUGGCUAAGUUUGGACCUGUUUACAAUCGCCCUCCGGAGGAGAUCGAUUAGCACAGGAAGGCCGCGAACCGGCCAAAUACCUAGCGUUUGGGACGCCUCUAACAUGAACAUACAUAACAAAAAUGUUACACCUGCGCAGAUUGGUUAAACAAAUAGUGACAGACAGUGCUAAGUCUAGUUUUAAGUGACUUUACAGAAAUUUCACACUGAACACUACAUAUUAGUAUAUUGAUCAGUCUAUUUACUGAUGUACAACAAAUUUAUAUUUUAAACUCACUAGCAAUGGCAGUGAUUUUAUAGCUUCUCACCUCACGGACUGAUAUGUAACAGUGAACAUAACCACUAUUUAAUUUAUUAACACUGAUUUUAAUUAAUGACAAUGAAAAUUACACGUGAUUAAUGAUUUUUGUGACGGUCACACCUCCGUCUUUGGGAUCGUAAAUGAUUUUGUGGGACAUAAGAAUUAAGAGAUGUCGAGUAUGUGCAACAUGUACUGCAUAGAAAAUAAAAACUGAACUAUACUGUAAAUAUAGUGUAAGUCCAUAUAGUUUGUAUUUUUGUUUUUAAGGAACACCUCUUUAGUGUAUAUUGUAAAUUACGUGAUUCUGUGCUUUGACAUGUAUUUUAUUAAAUGUCCACGGGACUAAUGCAAGAGAAAGUAUUUAUGUUUAUACUAUGAUCUCUGGAGUUUUGCUGGACAAUACGCGAACGCAACUCGAAUAAUGAACUGCAACGGUUUAAGUACACAGUAUUAUAAAAAUAGAUUUUACUAAAUAUAAUGGACAGUUGUUUACUGGUGUGUUUGGUUGAUCACACUCUACUAAUUGUGUAGUUAGUUCAAUUUUUCUAUUCCAAAUGUCGAGAUGUUCCCCUCACUAUCAUGAAAUUUUUUAGCUUUGCUAUAUUUUAGACUGAAUUCUAUUAAUCAUAAUAAAAUUUUAGAAUUUCUUAUUUUAAAUCUCUUUUCUGUACUAAUGUGUA